AUGCACUUCCGUCAAUAUUCAGUGGCAAUCUCAGGAGACAUCGAGACUAUGUUCUAUCAAGUAAAGGUGCCAGCAGAACAGAGGGACUUGCUGAGGUUUUUGUGGUGGACCAAAGGGGACUUCAGUCAUCAACCCAAGAUAUUCAGAAUGACAGUACACCUGUUCGGUGCUGGAUCUUCGCCAUCGUGUGCCAAUUAUGGGUUGCAGAAAACCGCAACAGACAACAAGUGUGAGGUUAGCAUAAAGGCUGUAGAAACGGUAAAACGGAAUUUCUAUAUGGAUGACGUAUUGAAAUCCGUAGAAACCAUAGAAGAAGCCAAGAAUUUGGUUAAUGAAUUGAAAACCUUGUGUAAUGAAGGAGGCUUCAAUCUCACAAAAUGGACGAGUAAUCGUCGAGAAGUGUUGGUAAAUAUACCUGUCGAAGAGCGAGCAAAGGAACUGAGGGAUUUGGAUUUAGAUGCCUCACCACUACCAAUGGAAAGAACGUUAGGCAUCCUUUGGAGUCCAGAAGUUGAUGAAUUCCAGUUUCGAAGUUUGCUAACGGAGACUGAAGCAACCCGAAGAGCCAUGCUAUCAAUUAUUAGUUCAGUUUAUGAUCCUCUUGGAUUUAUCUCACCCCUGAUCAUACCAGCAAAAAUGCUUUUGCAGGAGAUUUGUAAGAAGAAGGCUGGAUGGGAUGACAAACCAGAUAACACCACCUUACAUAAAUGGAAACAGUGGACCCAGAACAUAAAGGACAUACAAUAA